CUAACUGAUCUUUUUUCUAUGUCGCUACGUUUCCUUCGAAAAGCCAGUUGUCAUGGACACCUACAACAACAACAACAACAACAAUGAGCUCUUGUUGUCAUGACAACGAGAUAGGCGCGGCCCUAUGUGAUCUAUUUUUUUUAAACAGCGUCACAUUUUAUACUGCCGCAGUACUUUGCUUUAAAGCAGGAACAAGCUUUAAUUUUUUUCUUUGCAAGUGCAAGGAGCUACUACCAAUCGUCGUUUUUGUCGUCGUUUCAUAGCAGCAUCAAAAAAGACACAUUCAAAAAAAAAAUGGAAGCCUUGAUCCGAAAAGCUGUUCCCGGCGUUGACGAUGCGAUCGUCGAAUACAUUGACGGCUAUCUCAGAGAAAACGAGUUUGAAGGCGAUGACGACGAGGACACAAUUAGCGAUUUCGUCAAACCGAUUCUUCUCGAUGCCGGUGGUGAAGAAGACAACAUUAACAAAUUAUGUGAUGACUUGAUGACCAUGAUUCUGAAAAACAACAACAACAGCAGCAUCACAAAUAAUACGGGCGGUGGUCGUAAAUUAGAUCAAGUCAUUACGAUUGGCAAUCAGUCUGGUGUUUCAGCCACAGCGCGUCUCGGUAGUGGAGGAGGUGUCGAACUAGACCACGUUUCUGGCAAGCGCGUACAAUCCCAAGUCGACCAAAAGAAACUGCGCAAGGCAGAAGAAAAACUGGCCAACAAGAUUGCAAAGCGUCAGCAAAAGACCAACAUGAAGGUGGAAUACGAGGCGUCCAGGUUGUUGAGUGAACAAAAGGCGCUCCAGGAAGAAUACAAGUUGUAUAACCCGAUUCUCGACUACACUUCAACCAAGGGCAAAUCCAAGGAUAUCAAGGUCGAUAACUUUGAUAUCUCGUUUGCUGGUCGUCGUAUCUUGACCGAUGCUAGCUUGACCGUCGCUUUUGGUCGUCGUUAUGGUGUGGUCGGUAAAAACGGUAUCGGUAAAUCCACGUUGUUGCGCGCUAUUGCUCGUCGUGAGAUCAAUGUGCCUCCUCAUAUUUCCGUCUUGUAUGUCGAGCAAGAAGUUGUUGGCGACGACACACCUGCAAUUGAGAUGGUGUUAAGAGCCGAUGUCUGGCGUGAACAUUUGCUUGAAAAGGAACGUGAUUUGUCGGCUCGUAUCAACCAGAUUGAAGCAGAGCAGGGUGAUGAAGAGUUGACAGAGGAGGAAAAGAAUGAGCUGGUCGCACAAAAGGACAAGCUGUCAACCGAGCUCAAGGAAGUCUUUGCCAAGCUUGAGGAAAUUGAAAGUGACAAGGCAGAAUCAAAGGCUGCUGCAAUUCUAUCGGGUCUCGGCUUUGCUACUCCUGAUCAAAGGCGACCCACGCGUGAAUUCUCGGGUGGUUGGCGUAUGCGUAUCUCACUUGCUCGUGCACUGUUCUGUAAACCUGAUGUGCUCAUGCUUGAUGAACCGGAUAACAUGUUGGAUAUACCUGCCAUUGUUUGGCUUGAAAAAUACCUGCAGACGUGGACCAACACUCUGCUUGUAGUAUCUCACGACCGAGAAUUCUUGGACGAAGUCGCUACGGAUAUUCUGUAUAUGCAUUCUGAAAAGUUAGAUUACUACAAGGGUAACUUUACCAACUUCCAUGCCACCAAGGACGAGCGUCUCAAGGCUGCCAUCCGUGAAUACGAAUCACAAAUGGAAUAUCGCAAGCAUUUGCAAGACUUUAUCGAUCGCUGGCGAUACAAUGCAAAGCGUGCACCACAAGCACAGUCGCGUCUCAAGAUUCUGGAAAAGCUGCCUGUACUGGAAGCACCAGAGAGCGAAAAGGAAGUGACGUUCCAGUUUGCUGAUCCAGAUUCUAUCUCACCGCCUAUCCUGCAAAUGAACGAGGUGACGUUCGGCUACGACGCGAAAAAGACAAUCAUUCGCCACGUCAAUUUCGACUUGCGUCUGGACUCGCGUAUUGCUGUCGUGGGUCCCAACGGUGCUGGUAAGUCAACCAUGUUAAAGUUGUUGACUGAACAAGUCGUUCCAAACUCGGGUGAGGUCCAUCGCAACGGCCGUCUUCGCAUCGCCUAUUUCACACAGCACCACAUUGAUCAGCUGGAUCUGACCAAGUCGCCGGUGGGUUUCAUGGCCGACCAGUACCCUGGUAAAAAUGAGGAGGAGUAUCGACGACAUUUGGGUGCGUUUGGUAUCACUGGUAUGGUUGGUCUGCAAGUGAUGAAGACUUUGUCUGGUGGUCAAAAGUCGCGUGUAGCAUUUGCUAUCCUCAGUUUACAACGGCCUCACGUGUUGGUACUUGACGAACCUACUAACCAUUUGGAUAUGGAGUCAAUUGAUGCUUUGCAAACUGCUCUUCAGAAAUUCAAGGGUGGUGUCAUCACAGUAUCUCACGACGAACGGUUUAUCAGCAGCGUCUGUGACGAGAUUUGGAUCUGUGAUGGGGGUAUUCUCAACAAGUUCUCAGGCACAAUCAAAGACUAUAAGAAACUUGUAUGCCCAUAGACUUGUUCUUCUAGACGACGACACCGUUACUGUCUGUGUUGCAGCAGUAGUAGCAUUGCACUAUAUUUUCCUUCCAUCCUUGCAUGUUGUCUAAAUCUCAUUAUUAUUAUUUUCUUUUCUUUUUACCAAUUUGCCACAUACACAACAAAAAGCUAUUUGAUUCUUGGUAAAAUAAUAAUAAUUGGUUAUGCAGAGCAAAGUAGCAUGAGCAAUCCAGUUAUGGAAACUGUGGCAUUUGAAACUUUUUGAAACAAAGGAGGGCCCCCACCCUUAUAAGUCACGUCCUUUUGGUCUGUUGGUUGUU